AUGAAGGCCGCCGCCCUCAUCUGCGUCACAGGCUCUGUCGCCCUCGCGCUCCCCGGUCCGUCGACCGCCGGGCGCGGGGUGCAGCCGGCCUCGGAGAACGAAAGGCGCAGCACAUUGAAGCCCUUUGUGCCCAAGAUGAGGGUCAUUCUCCCAAUAUGCUUUCCCAAAGACCGCAGGGCCAGGCCAACCAACGAAGACUGCGGGACGGCCCUCUACUGCCACUACUGGGAGGUGAAGAAGGAUUCGGAUCUGUUUUGGGAGCGAAAGUACCCCGACGAGGCCGCUUGCCUCCGAGACCACGAGACGGAGGCCGAGCACAAGAAGAAGAAGCUCGCGCGGGGCCCGCUGCUGGCCUGGCAAAAGGGGAGUCUGCCGGCCUGGCAAGAGGGGCGUCAGCCGGUCGAAGAGUGCAGUGUGAACCAUGUGGACGAGGGCGCAUGCGGCACCGAAGCGUACUGUUUGUCGUAUAACAGGAAGCCCGUGCCGGAUAACAAGUAUCGCAACGCAUACGACUGCUUCGAGGCGCACGACGAUCCGCCCACGACAGCUAACCCACCCAAGCAGAACGCGAAGCCCACUGAAGAGCGCCCCGCGAAACCAAGUUCCAGCAAGGAACUGCUCGGCUGGGCGGCGCCCCCGUCGAAGAAGCCCUUCUACGAGCUGGAUGGAUGCACGAGAAAAGAGCUGGAGCCUCUGAGCCUCGCCGAGCAGGCUGCCAGAUGCGGCACCGGGAAUAUCUGCCGGAACAUUGGGGGGUUCGAUGGAAACUCGCAGGCAUCUCGGGAGUGCUUCGACAAGUUCGUGGAUCCUCCCACGCGCCCCAAGAGCAUACUGCCUUACAAGAUCGGCACCUUUAAUCCCAAUGGGGCCCACCAGACGCAAGACUGUGUGGACUACUCAUCGUCGGAGGACAAGUGCGGCACCGCGAAAACGUGCUCCUUGUACAAUAAUCUCAUGGAGCACGACGACAUGUAUCGAAGCGAAGCAGACUGCCUCGCCGCCCACGGGCCAAAGCGGCUGUGGCCGUUUGUGAAGGCCCCAGCAAAGUCACCCGAGGGAUGCUCGCGCCUUUUGGCCACGGACGUGCGGUUUCCCGACACAGCCAACCGAUGCGGUACAGACUUGGCCUGCGAGGCCAUGGUGGGAAGGCCCGGGCAAAGGUUCGACAACGAGGACGACUGCUACGCCGCCUUCGAGCCUCGCCAGGAGGAGAAGCCCAAGGAGCUGAAGGACUACAAAGUGGGAACCACGACUGGUAGUGAACUGGCCUUUGAGUGCAACAAUUUUGGCUUGGACCAGGAUAAGUGCGGCACCGCACGUUAUUGCCGUCUCUUCUCGCUGCGUAAGAGCGAUCUGUAUAAGAGCAACCGGGACUGUCUCGACCACCACAAGCCGCCUCCCGCCGAUGCCUCACGUUAG